AAAAAAGUGACUUUUCCAGGCAAUGGGCGCAGUGUAGCGCGUGUGUGAGGGAAGCUUCGACACAGUCAAGUGUGUGUGGACGCAGAGGACACACACACACACACGCACGGGGAGCGGGACCUGCAUCUGCAUCGAUCUAUACAUAGGACACCGGCCGCCUGUCACCAUGAUCAAGAGGAAAAGCAAAGGAAGCUCCGUCGUGACACCAACCAAAUCAACCGUUACCUCCACAGAGCUGACCGCUCUGAUCGAGAAGCUGCAGAAGAAUGCUGAUAAAGUGGAGAAGAACAUCUACGAUGUGGAGCAGAACCUCAACAAGGAUGUGAGUAAGAUCAACGAGGGCAAGCAGCCGCUAUAUCAGGACGACACCAACAAACGACUCGUCAACUCUUUGGACCUGCUGGCCGGCCUGGAUGAUGAUGCCCUCAACGCCAAACGCCUCCAGCAUCCUCAGGCUCAGAUGAUCGGCCAGGACAUGAAGCAGCUGCGUGAGAGAGUGAUGAAGCUGAGGGAGGACCAUGAGCGCAUCUACCAACUCAGCCGCACUGAGGGGGUGCCCACCAUCAACUGGGGCAACAUGAUGGAUGAGAAGCUGGACAACCUGAACAACAAGGGCUUUGGCCAGGAUCUCCCGUCUGUGGAGAAUGAAGUGGAGGACCACAACAUCUUCCACAGUGAGGUGGAGGCGUUGGCGCCUCACAUUUCUGCCGGUGGUGACAAGGAUUAUGUCAGCGGCCUCCAGAUGAAGUACAACAAACUUCUGGCCCUUUCUAGCGAUCGUCAGCGCCACCUGCUGAGCCUGCGUGAUUACAUGCAGCGCUGCACCAAUGAGUUGUACUGGAUGGACCAGCAGGCUGAGGAGAGAAUCAACUACGACUGGAGCGAUGCCAACUUGGACUACCCUGCCCGCCAGAGGCAGUAUGAGAACUUCAUCGGUAAAUGUCUGGAGUCCAAGGAGGCCACCAUCACCAAACUCAAUGAAGAUGGAGAAAAGCUGAUUGCUGCAAAGCAUCCAGGGUCAAACGUUAUUGAGGCUCACACGGAUGCGGUGCAUGCUGACUGGAAGGAGUACCUGAAUCUGCUCAUCUGUGAGGAAAACCACCUGAAGCACAUGGACGAAUACCACAAGUUCCACAAGGAGGCGCGUGACACCCAAGACCUGCUGAAGCGUCUGGACACGGAUGUCAAACAGAAGUAUAACCCCGAGUUCAAAGAUGUGUACCAGAUGGAGGGUCUGAUCAGAGAGCUGGAUGACCAGUCCAAGGCCAUGGAGCACUUUGACGAGAGGGUCAAGGCUCUUCAGAAGCGAGGCCUGCAGGUGUUACCUCUGAAGUACCGACGAGAGCCUCCCCAGAAGCUUCUGCCCAUUGAGGCGCUGUGCGAUUUUGACACUGAUGAGGGGCAAAUUACACGGGGGAGCAGAUACACUCUGCUUCGCAACAACGGAGCCAAGUGGGACGUGAAGGACGCAUCUGGACACAAGCUCUCCGCUCCGGCCAUCUGCUUCAUUAUCCCCCCCACAGACACGGAGGCGGUGGCCGUCUCUGACAAUCUGGCCGCACAGCAGAGUUCCAUCAAGCAGAAGAUGGGGGACAGCAAAGGAGCUCUGCUCAAGCGUUUUGAUGAGCUGAAGAAGGCCAGCGGUGGUGCAGACAAGCAGGAGCAGCAGUGCCGCCAGAUGAUGGCAGGUCUUGACAAGGUUGCGGGUGACCUGGACAAGCAGGAGAAGGCCAUUCAAGCUCGACUGCGCCCCCCGCUGGAGCUGAAGAAGCCACUGCAGGACAGUGCAGACCGCCUGCAGGAUCUGAAGGACAUCGCCAAUGCCGUCCAUAGAAUUGAACCAGAAAAGAACUCCAAAGUGCAGGAAGCCAAGAACUUUUUGGUGUCGAACCCGACGUGCGCCAGCGCUCCACACCUCCACAGCAAGGCCGACGAGGUCAACAGGAAGUACAACAACUUGGAGCAGCUUCUGCAGUGCAGUCAGGAAAAGCUGAAGAAUUCCAACCAGCUUGAGGCUUCGCUUCAGAAUGGAAAAACUUUGCUGUCCGGCUACGAGAACAGGCUGGCCAGGGAGGACAUCGCUCCUUCAGACUUGUCCUCUUUGGAAAAAACUCAGCGCGAGCUUGGGGACAUCGCAUCAAAUCUGAGGUCCAAGAGGUCGGUGGUUAAUGAGACUGAGCAGAACCUCCGCUCGGCCAAAAGCAGCUGCGACCAAAUGGCCAUGAAGUUCCAGGAGCACUGCCCGGACAUCGAGAGGCAGGAAGCCGAUGUCCACAAGCUCAACAAGCGUUUCAACAUCCUCAAUAAUCAGAUCGACACCAGGUCCCAAAGUUUGCAGAGGGCAAAGAUGUCGUACAAUAAUUACCGCAAUGAUUAUAACAACUUGAACAACUGGCUUGCUCGUGUCCCAAACUACGAGCCGUCUGAAACUGACGACAUCAGACAGCUGGAGACCAAACUGAAGAAUCAGAGGAACCUGCUGUCUGAUAUCGCAAGAAAGGAAUCGGACAUGAACAAUGUCUCCAAAAAUGGUCGACUUUACCAGCAAGCUAUCAAAGACUAUGAGAGUGAAACAGAGAAGUUUCGAUCCAUACUAGACCUUGAUGACGGCCUGGUACUUCAGACGUACAAGCGGAGCAGACUGGAAUCUCCUGCGUUGGCCGUCAAAGCAGAGGAAGCUGCCAUUGAGGCCAAGUUCACGGAGGUCAACGCUGUCAACAAGCAAAGGCUGCAAAACCUUGAGUUCACGCACAGCCUUCUCAACCAGCAACCAGAUAUCCCUUUGAUUCAGGCUUCAAACGUCCAGUCAGUCAAUUCUGCUGCCCCAGGUGGGGAGCUUUGGAGGAUCAAGAAGCAGUUGCAAGACGAGGUUCAGAGGAGAGAGCAGUUAGAGAAGGAAAUUGAGACCAUCCAGACGGACAUCUACGUCCUGGAAGGACAGAAACCUCAAGACACCGUCGUCAAGAAGGAGCUCAUCAAAAAAGUUCCUGACCCUCAGCUGGAUGAGGAAGUCUACAAGGUCCAACAGAAGCUUUCAGAGGAACGUCGCACCACCCACGUCCUGGAGAACGACCUUGAAGUUCUCAAACUGAAGCUGCGUGGCCUUGAGACGGAGGCAAAGGAAGGGGCGCAGCAGUACAUGGUCAAGGAGGUUCUCCGCAUCGAAAGAGACCGCGGUCAGGAGGAGGAGGUGCGCAAGCUUCGAGAGGAAUUGGACGAGCUGAGAAGGCAAAAGUUGAUUAAAGAUAACGAGCUUAUUCAGAUACAAAAGCAGGUGACAAUCCUGGCAGAGGAGAAGAAUAAAGAGCAGGAAGUCAUCACCGAAGAGGAGGUCAUAAAAGUCCAAAACGAUCCCCAGCUGGAAACCGAGUACAGACUGCUCUUUGACAGGAAGCAAAAAGAAAUCGACGGCAGGAAGCAGCUGGAGGAUGAACUGCAGUUCCUUCAGGAGAAACUGCGUAGGCUGGAAAAGGAGAAAUCAAUGGCUGAGGAGAAGGUUUCCAUCAAGGAGGUGCUAAAAGUGGAGAAAGAUGUUGCCCUGGAAAGGGAGGUGGAAAACCUUCGGAGGCAAUACGAAGAUGAAAAGGCCAAACGAAGAUCAUCACAGCGAGAAAAAACUGAUCUCCAACGGAAAAUAACCAGUCUAGAAGAGGAGAAGUCCAAGGUUAUCAUCCAAGAGAAGAUGCGUGAAAUCGUGCGCCCCGACCCCAAGGCCGAGAACGAGGUGGCCAAUCUCCGUCUUGAACUCGUUGAGCAGCAGAGGCGCUACAAAGAUGCAGAGCUGCAGCUGAGGUCGCUGCAGGACGAGCUGACCAUGCUCAGGAACAGAGGACCACAAGUGGAGAUCAAGGAGAUCAUCAAAGAGGUGAUCAAAUACAAGACAGAUCCACAGACAGAACGGGAACUGGAAAGACUUCGCAAUGAAAUAGUUGACAAGACCCACCAGACUGAGAAAUCUGAGAUGGAGAUCCGCCAACUUAAUGAUGAAAUUCAAAGAUGGAAAGACAUGAAACCUCAAGUGCAGACCAAAGAGGUGGUCAACGAAGUGCUCCAGUACCGAGAGGAUCCGAAAACCAAGGAGGAGAUUGAGAUCCUUAAAAGAAAACUGGCUGACGAACAGUCCAAACGUCUGGAGCUUGAGAGAGAAAAGUCGUCCCAAGAGGAAAAGAUCAGACUGAGGAAGCUCGAUCUGUCCCAGGUCCGUGAGAAGAUUGUUCAGCAGGAAGUUGUGAAGAUGGAAGAGGAUGCUCUGCUCAGAUCAGAAUGUGACACCUUCGUACACAACAUCAGCAAUGAGCAGAGGCAAAAGGACGCUUUGAAAGCAGAGCUUUAUCAGCUGCAGAGAAUGAAGGCUGACUUGGACCAGCAGCUGGAGGAACUGGAGCGUGAACGCAGAGCGAGGCGCGAGGCUGAACUGGAGAUACAGAGACUUCGGGUCAAACUUAGUGAACUGGAGAUGCGCGACAAAGAGAACCGUGAGAAGGUGACUGUCAAACAAAAGGUGGUUCUGCAGCAGGAUCCCCAACAGGAGAAGGAACACUCCAUCCUCAGACUGCAGCUGGAUGAAGAACGACAUAAGCGCAUCCUGUUGGAGAAAGAACUGAACGCGUUGAUCCAGCAGCACAUCACCCUGGAGAAGAUGGAUGUCAAGGAAAGAGUUGUUCGCACUGAGAAGGUCCAAGUUGAGAAGGAUCCAGAGGCAGAGCUUGAGAUUGAAAACCUGAAGAAGACUCUGGAAGAGGAGAAAAGGAGAAAGAGGGACCUUGACCAAGAGUUGGUCACCAUCACUUCCAGGCUUUCUGAGAUGGAGUUUUCCAACACCAAGUCGACCAAGGAGCUGGACUACAUCCGAGAUGAAAGCAGUCGCUUGCAGCAAGAAAACCAAAGGCUGCAGAAUGAAAUCCGCAAGCUUCGCUCUGAGAUUGAGAUCACCAGCAAGGAGACUCAGCUCAUCACCGAGUCCGCACCCAGAGAGGACGGAAACCUGGAGUUGAGGCUUGACUCGCUACAGAGAGAACUUUCUGAGCUCAGAGUCAUAACCACCAAAAAGGAUGAAGAGAUAGCUACGCUACAGAAGAAUCUGGCGGCUGUGCGAAUGAAGAGGGAACAGCGAGAGAGCCAUCUGCGUAGGUCCAUCGUUGUUAUCGACCCGGACACCGGCAAGGAGAUGCGACCGGAGGAGGCUUACAAGCUGGGGCUGAUCGACUGGAAGAUGUUUGUCAACCUGCAGAGCCAGGAGUGCGACUGGGAGGAGAUCACGGUCAAGGGCCCCAAGGGAGAAUCAUCCGUCCUCCAUGACAGGAAAUCAGGGAAAAAGUUCUCCAUCGACGACGCUUUGAGUCUUGGCCACAUCACAAAUCAUCAGCUUCAGCAGUACAUGAACAAGCAGCUCACCAUCCAGGAGUUUGGUGCUUUGGUGUCGGGCAAGAACAAGUAAACACAUCAUGUUAGCCUUUAUUCCACGCAUAUCCUUUGUAUUCUAAAAUGCGCUUGCUAUGCUUUUGUUUUGUGGUAAACAGGCAUUCUUGUACUUCCUUGAUUGUGAAGGCGCCAUGUAUUUAUUUGCUUAUCAAUCCAAGCUACUGAAACCAACACGCAAUGAUGACUGUCGUGGCAACCAAAUUAAUUUACCAUCUAAUUGGUGUUGGUAGACCGUCCCGUUGCUGAGCUUUCAUGUGCUACACUGGGUACGAGGGGGGGAAAACGGGUGUUUUUCUUGAUUUUUGCCAAUUGAGUGCAUUGCAACACCAGAAUGUUUCCAUUAUUUGUGGGAUUUUCCAGGUAUCAAAUGUAUGCUCUAUAAGUCCAAUAAAAGACUAAUUUAACUGA